UGGAAGCGCAACAAGUGUUUAACUUUUAUCAGUAAAAAUACUUUAAAAAAAUUGUUUUACAUUAUGAAUAUCGUUUAGUGAUCAGUUUAAUCCCUUCCGUUAUAUUGUAAGUGCUCUUAUUUUCUAUAUUAUCACCAAUAACGUAACCACAACUCGCUUACAAAAUCAUUUGAGGAGGACCCCAAACAAGCUUUAUAAAUCUUCAGAACUAUACAUUUUUUCAAUAUGGAUGUGAAAAACAGCCUGGUUUUAAAAAAGAAACGAGAAUUGUUGGUAGGAAUUAACAAAAGAAAAAUGAGCUUGAGGAAGCACAUCGACAUGCUCAAACCUAAUGAAUGCAGACUGGAUAUCACACAAAUAACAAAAUGUGUCUUUCUUGGAUCCUUGUGCUUGAAACCCGUCCCACAACUUUUCGAUUCACCUUUAUUACUGGAAGAAUUAGACAUGAAAGUAGGAAAUGUAAGAACGGAUGUGAUCAUAAACAAUGAAAAUAACAGUUUUAAAACGUUAAAUGGUGAAAACCACAUUACCCCAAAGAACUCUUCCAAAAGGGGUUCUCGAAAAAGAUGCCUUAAUCCAGCCAAAAUUAGGAAAAAAUCGCUCAGGGAACGUAAUGAUUCAAAGACAAUUAAUGGUGUAAUCAAAGAUGAAACUGUAGUAGUUACACCAACACAAUGUGCUAAUGACAGGGAAACUGCACUAGUCCAGAGAAUAGAAACCAACGAUGAUAUACCUCCACCAAAACCAUUGUGUGAAAAAGUUGAAAAAGAAAAUAACAAAGUUGAACUAGCAAUGCUACAUUCUGUGAUAGAAAACGAUAUUGAAGUGCCUCCAACUGAGACUUCAUUCCAAGAAAAUAAUAGUAUUAAGAGCAGUAAUACCGAGUUAGAAAUAAAAGAAAUUACUAUUACAGAACCAGUUGCCAAUGAACACAUAUAUGAAUUUGAGGAGGAUGUUGCAUUUGAAGAAAGCAUCUUAAAUCUAAAACUGGAUAGGAAUGGAAAAGAUCCCAAUUCAAGAAAUAAACCAACAUCGGAAGAUAUCCCUCCUGAUAUCAAAACGAUUACUUCAGUUGCUCUUCACUAUGAGGACGUUGAAAGGUUGAAACGAGAACCAACACCAGAAUUAAUAUUAUCAGAUUCUGAUGAAGACGCUAUAGAUCAACUAAUGUUUAAUAUUAUGGAUAUAAAAGUAGGUCCAAAUAUGUUUGAUAAAGAUUUAUUCGAUAUCCCGUCUCCAGAGGCUGAAGAAUUUGAAGAGUACUCUAGCUAUUGUAAUAAUACAAACGAAGAUCACCCCAAUAAAAACGAUGACGACGAUGGUUUUAAAGAAGAUAAAAAAAUGAUUAAAAGAACUCCCCAAUGUAAAAUCUGCUCACAAGUUUUCGGCAGCUACAUUCAGCUAAAGAAGCAUAAAGCAGCUCACAACGGGGAUAAACCUUAUCUUUGCCUAAAGUGCAAUGAAAACCACACAACUCUGGACCAGUUAGUUGCACAUUUAAGAACACACCAAGGUAAACAUCCAUAUGUCUGCAAAAAGUGCAGUCAAGGCUUCAAAUCAAUGAAAGCUCUGGAAAAUCACCAACCGGUCCAUGUUCUACAGAAAACUGUGCCUCAGAAAAAGGCUUUUAAGUGUGAAGUUUGUGGAAAAGAGUUUCGUAAGUUAUGUGAUUUAGAAAGACAUACAAGGGUACAUACUGGCGAAAAACCGUCAGUAUGCAAUAUAUGUAACAGGCGAUUCCAACAAGCGCACAAUUUAAAUAAACAUUUGCUCAUCCAUACAAAGGAAAAACCAUUUGAAUGCGAUGUUUGUAACAAAAAAUUUGGGCGAAAUGACGUGUUAACUAGACAUAUGCUAACGCAUUCUGUUAAAAAGCCAAAUGAUUGUAAUGUUUGUAUGAAAAGUUUUAUACGUGUUUCACAAUUAUUGGCUCAUAAAGAGAAAUACCAUUCUAAUGAAGCUUCCUAACAUCUCAUAUUUGUUCCCCUGUAGAAUAAUCAUGAUCUCCACAAUUUAUAUUCUAUAUUUAUAUCAACUAUUCACACUUUUGUAAAUAUUUUUAUAUUUGUUAUUUAAAUGAUAAAACGAUUUUUUUCAAAAAUUUUGCGAUUAAAGAGUGAUUUUUUUAUUCGUAUUAAUAUCCAUGAUUUGAAAUAACUUUCAAAUAAUCCACUCAAUGACAUUUGAACUAUGAAUCGCAAAUUGUUAUUAAAUCCCUAUUGUUAAUAUAUAUUUUGUUGUAUUUGUAAAACUGGUAUUAAGCCUCGUGUGCUAUCCCUAGGUUGAAAUAUUUUUUUGUUUUUUUUUCUUUAGUAAAACGUAAACGUAUUUAUGUACAAAUUACGAAAGAAAUCAACAAUUACGUUUUACUAAAUGCGAAAUGUUUCAGUUAAUAUUAGAAUCGAAGUUUAUUAUUUAACUUUACUAACAUGGUUAUAAACCUACACAUAAAAGCAGCAUUCUAGCUCUCCCUAAAAAAAUUUUACAAUUCGAAUAUAAAAGACCCAUUAUAAAAAAUAUAUCGCGAUCUUGGCCAGUUCACUUGUUACGGUUGUUUAACACUACAAAGUUUGACUAACGAAUGUUUUUUUUUUAAAUUGUCACAGUAAUUAACCUACUGUUCCCAAGAACUAUAAAUGUAUUUACUGCCUGCAGCAAGAUAUAUUUGUGCAAUACUUAAAACUACACUUGUUUAUUAUGCAGAGCAAUUUUUUGAAACUUCAAAUUAUAUAUUAUUGUGUUUUAAGGUGGGCCUUUUCUUCGCGAAUUUUUAUUACAUUUAGGAGCAUAUAAAACGAGACGAACUAUGUUAUUGAAUCAGUCGUGUUUUUUUUAUAUAUACAAAGAUUUACACGAUGAUAAUAAAUUUAAUAACGUAAAAUGUGUCAUCGAAGUAAAUCAUCCUCCUGUGGGUCAGCCUUUAAUUAUAUUAAUGAUUUUUAUUUUAAACUUUAAAGCAAGUGUGAUAGUAUUGUAUGAAACAAAUACAAGUGCCUUCAUGUAUCUUAAUAAAGAGAGAGUGCCUUUAAAGUAUAAAUUUUUUAUAAAUUAUGUACAUUUUACUAAUAAGAAACUAGUAAUAAGUAGAAGGUCAAUAUAUUUUUUGUAUUUAGUAUAUUGCCUUGUGUAAUACCUAUUAUUAUUACAACUACUACUAUGUCAUGUACCUUGUAGUUUCUUAAUUACUU